UUUUAAUUGUCCAUCAACGACUCAACAGAACGGCUCAGUCCAAAUAACUAGUUGUCGCCCAUUGGGCAAAGGCGAGGAGUUCAGCCCGUCGAACUUUCUUGGAACCACUCCAAGGCCCCCACGAAAAAUACUUUAAAAAAAAAGAAAAAAAAAACUAAACCAAAUAUUCUUCUCCCAUUACAAAGAGGGCUUCAACAGCGGCAAAACCUCCGGUAAGGAAGAGGCAAGGAAAGUGGGUCUUAAAACGGGCUUCGAAACAGGCGAACAGCUGGGUUUCUAAAAGGGCUGUGUCGAUGUGUUGAACUCCGCUAUCCAAAUCAACGCAAGCCGGUUCUCCAGUCGAUUCCAAAAGGGUAUUAAGCAAAUGCAGCAAUUGAUAAAAAAUACCCAGUUUCGGAUCCGGCAAACGAAAGCGUCCAAGAAAUUGUGGAAGCCUUGACUCUUUAAGUUUGGAUUAUACGUGCAGCUUUGGGUGUUAAAUUGGAAUAUAAUGACACCCAAAACCAAAGGAUAUCGAAUUUUGAUUUGGGCCACUUCAUUUUUUUAGGUAUUUUAAAUGCCAGUUCUUAAGCAAGCUGAAAGAGCAGAAAAAAAUGUUGAACAAGAUGCUGGCUUGUGGCAAGGUGUACAUUUCUGAAAGCCGAAAUAGAGCAGCUUUGGAGUGUAUAGAACAAGCUGCCAAGCUAUUCCCUGAGGCUGCUAUUGCGAAUAAGUUUAUAGAUGUGACGUACAAUAGAGUUGGUUAUACAGUUGUCUCCAAAUUGACUCCAAAAUCAUCUCAAGAUUCAUGUCCUCUGAAAAAUGCAGUGUUUGCUAUUGUUAAGGCUGCUUUGGAAACCAUCGACUUUGAGUUGCAUUCUGGGACUCAUCCUCGACUUGGAGUUGUUGAUCAUAUAUGUUUUCACCCCUUGGCACAUACUUCCUUGGACCAGGCAGCUGCGAUUGCAAAGUCUUUGGCAGCAGAUAUAGGCUCUAAACUUAAAGUACCUACAUUUCUUUAUGGGGCUGCCGAAGAAAGGGGGAGGUUGCUUGAUUCCGUCAGAAGGGAACUCGGUUAUUUCAAGCCUAACUCUGGCGGUAUUGAAUGGUGCGGAGGGCCUAAAUCAAAGUCCUUGCCACUGAAGCCUGAUGCAGGUCCAACUCAAAUGUGUCCAGCAAAAGGUGUUAUUGUGAUUGGAGCAACCCAUUGGGUUGCUAACUACAAUGUCCCUGUAUUCUCAACAGAUAUUGCUGCCGUUCGUAGAAUUUCAAAAAGAGUAAGUGAGAGAGGAGGUGGACUUCCUUCAGUGCAAGCCAUGGGACUUUCACAUAGUGAUGGUGUGACUGAGGUGGCUUGUAAUAUGUUGGAACCAAGUAAAGUGGGAGGAGAUAGAGUUCAGCUUGAAGUUGAGAGACUUGCAAAGGAAGAGGGUUUGGAUGUAGGGAAGGGAUAUUUCACCGAUCUUACACCGGACAAGAUUAUUGAACGUUACAUGAAGUCGAGUUCUUUCUAAAUGAUGGAUGAAAUAUGGUCUUGGAGGUAUUUUUGUACUGAUCAUUUAUCUCAAGGUUUCCUGUGAUUCUUUUGCUUAAAAAAUAUGUUGUGCGAUCUUAUGAAGAAUAGCAUACAUCAUUUACAUUCGGAAGACUCCUCGUUAUUUGAACUCCUUUCGGCAUAAAUAUUAGCUACAUUUCAUGUAAUCUAAUUUCUUGCUAUGAUGAAGAGGUGCUUCAGUCAGAGACCUAAAAAUACUGAUCUGACGGUUGGAUUUUGCAACUUUUCUUUAGCACUUAAGCUAUUAGUGCCGAACGAAGGGGAGGGGAAUAUUUUGGGUUUCUUGUCAAGUUCAAGCCUUAGAAGACAAGAAUAGAACAAAAGAUUGUCUAGCACCUUACAUUACAAGCCAACUAGCCAAGUUAUGUAGAGAAAAAUAUUGUCUAAAUCUCAAAGCUUUUUUUUUUUUUUCUUCUUUUUCAAAUUUAUGGUUAAGUUGUGAGGGGAAAGGAAGGAUCCGAACUUUGCAUGUAAAUUCGUAGAACAUAUAACAAGAUAAUGAUAAUGUGAUAAUCCAAGACACCAUGGUUUGAGGAAUGAUUUUUGAGCCGGCAGUAGCUACCUCGGUUCAAAAGGACCCAUAUCUUGAUUAUAUUGUUUUCUAACAUCAUAUUCGUGUUGCGGUAUAUUCACAGGCAUUCCUCUUUUAUUUCGUUUUUUUUUUCAAUGUGAUUUUCAGUAUUUAACCUAGAGUAGUACCAUUCACAUCUCCAUUUCUUCUCUUCACA